AUGGAGGAGGUAUGGUAUCCACCAGACAUAAAAACUUGUCAGUCUCCAAAAUUUUGCUGUGUAAAACAUGACGAAGACUUAUUAGAUAUUUUCUGCGAGGAUUGUAAAGUGGUAUUGUACUUGACAUGUAUAAAGGCAAAUCACAGAGACCACAACUGGGACUUUAUUAAGAAAAUAGCUCACCGAAUACAUGGAAACAUUGAAUCGGAGUUUAAAGAAAUUCGAGAUCAUCGCUUAAAUGCACUCGAAAAAGAUUUGAGCUCGGUUCAUCAACUGGAGGAAAGAAAUUCGGCAACCUUCAGAAGUCAAGAAGAAAAAAUUCAAAUUCAGUUUGAUUUAAUUGUUCAAACACUAUCCAAUGUUAGGGACAAAUUAUUGUACUGUUUAAAAAAUCAUUGGACGAAAAAGAAUGAAUUUCUGGUAAAUAUGAAGGGGCGUAAAAGGCAGAGAGAGAUGAUUGACAAAACAAUGUCUUUCAUAGAAGAGAGUAAUCUGAGUGAUUCCCAUCUUGUUGAAACCUACACACAAUUACAAAGCCUACUGAAAUAUGAAAAAUACGAGUUUUCUGAUAAUGACUUUUCGAUUCGUUUUCUUCCGGGAGAACUGGAUGAGUGUUCUUUUGAGAAAAUGAUUGGGCAUUUAAAGAACGUUGACGACUUCACAUUUAAUUCCAUAUCUAGUUUUAAACUGGGAGAAUCUCAAAUCGAUUCAAUUCAUUCCUCAACGAAAAUACAGCAUGGCUUUAUGAAGAGCAACAACUUGGACUCUAAAAGCAUCAGAUUAUUAACAUCAUCAGGUGAAGACAGACUCGUCUUAGAAACGGAACCUCUGAUUUGCCGGUCUCUCGUCGUCAGACUGCUCAUAACACUUUGUGAAGAUGACGACCCUUACAACCCAGAUAGCACGUGUAGACGAUUGGUCAGAAGCAUAACUUUAAGUGUAAGGAAGGUAAAAGAAAUUGAAUUCGAUGCCAAAUACAACAGACUAUUUACAUUUCCCACUAGAGUUAUACAAAACAAAAACACAGAUAUAUGCGUUAUCGACAUGAAAGAGUGUGAUGUUGGAGAGGUUCACGUUUUAUCCUCCAGUGGUGUGAGUAGAUUUGGGUACCGUGGAUGUGGUAUUAACCAGAAGAAUCCGUUUUGCCCGAGCGCAUGUGUGUGUGAUUCUGAGCACAAUAUUAUAGUAACAGACAUAUACAACAGUCUUAUCAAUAUUAUUCACUCAGAUGGAGAGCUUUUAAAAAUUAUUUACAUGCAAGAGAAUUUAGAACCUUCUUGCAUGUCCAUUUGUAAGGGAACUGCAUGGAUUGGAACCACAGGUGGUGAAGUAAAAGUUUACAGAUACACUAAAACUCCGGAAUCAUCCGAAUCACAGCUAUAA